AGCAAAUGGGUGAACACGCAAUUAGUAUUCGCAAUGCCAUACGAUACGCCUGUUCCUGGUUUCCGUAAUAACGUUGUCAAUACACUGCGUUUGUGGUCGGCAAAAGCUGAAAACAAGUUCCGUCUGAAAUUCUUUAAUGAUGGUGAUUAUGUACAGGCAGUGAUGGACCGUAACAUCUCGGAAAAUAUCACACGUGUGCUCUAUCCCAACGACAAUAUUUUCAUUGGGAAAGAGCUUCGUCUGAAGCAGCAGUAUUUCCUGGUCGCAGCAACCCUUCAAGAUAUCAUAAGGCGCUUCAAAUCCAGCAAAUAUGGCUGUCGCGAUACCGUCCGUUCAAAUUUGGAACAUUUUCCUGAUAAAGUAAGCGAUUUGGUUGAGGAACUUUCAAGCAGCCGGUAUUCAAAAUUGUUUUUACUUAUUGUUCAUCAUUACAUAUGCUUGAAAUUUAAUGUAUCAAUUGGAGCUUAG